AUGACGACGACCGACGAAAAGAAAACAGUCCUGAUCACAGGCUGUGCUCCCGGCGGAAUUGGCCAUGCCCUCUGUCUUGCCUUCCACGCAAAGGGACUGCGCGUCUUCGCCACCGCCCGCUCAACAGAGCAACUUAUCAGUUUGUCGGAGAAGGGCAUCGAGACUUUACCCUUGGUAGUUGACGACGACAAGUCAAUCCUGUCCUGUGCAGCCAGCAUUGAGCAACUGACCGGUGGGCGUGGCCUCGAUUAUCUGGUCAACAACGCGGGCGUCUCCUAUGUCAUGCCAGCCAUUGACAUCAACCUGGACGAUGCCAAAAAGAUCUUCGACGUCAACUUCUUCGCCGUGAUGCGGAUUUGUCAAGUCUUCUCUCCUCUUCUGAUCCAAGCAAAGGGAACGAUUGUCAUGAUCGGCAGCUUAUCUGCUGUGAUUCCGUACGUCUUUGGGAGCGUGUACAAUGCUUCCAAGGCCGCGCUGCAUGCGUAUGCGAACACGCUGCGAGUCGAGAUGGCUCCGCUGGGCGUCAAGGUCAUCACCAUCGUCACGGGUGGUGUGCAAUCCAGGAUCGCAGCACACGUGACCCGCGUCUUACCUGAAAACAGCAUCUAUAGUGCUGCGGAACAGAGCUACCUCCGACGCCAGACCCAUUCCCAGGAGGGCGCGAUGUCGAAUGAGGCGUACGCCCAGAGCGUCGUCAAGCAGGUCCUCCCAGGCGCGGGUCCGUGGCCGUGGAGGUGGCUGUUGAGAGAUGCUAGGAAGAAGUGGAUCUGGGAAGGCAAUAAGAGCUGGCUGGUCUAUUUCCUGGCUGGCGGCUAUACCUGGUCCGGCGUCUUCGAUUGGUAUUUCACACGAGUUUUCCAACUGUGGAGGAUUAAGGCCAAAGAAAAGACGACCUGA